AUGAUCGCGGCCGUGUGCGUACUUUUUUCGAUUGUUAUCGCGGUUCUAGUUCGCUGGUUGUGGCUCAAGAAAGUGCAAUUCGCUAAAACAAUUCCUCAUGCAGAGCCCUACUAUCCCGUGCUAGGAAACCUUCCAAUGGCUUUGGGGAAAUCCCCUGAUGAAAUGUUUUACGUGCUUCACGAGUGUUUCCGAAAAUACGAUCGAUUGUUCACAUUGCACCUCGGACCACUGGUGGCCCUUGGUGUGACACAUCCCGAACUCAUACAGAAAAUUUUAAAUCAUCCAGACUGCCAGGAAAAACCCGAUGUUUACAAAGUUGUACGGUUACCAAAAGGAUUGUUGGCUGCCAGAUACGAAACGUGGAAAGUACAUCGGAAAACGUUGAAUUCUACCUUCAACAUACGCAUACUGCACAGCUUUUUGCCGAUUUUCAUUGAUUGCUCGAGUAAAUUGAUCAAUCGAUUGAAUCGAUAUGCCGAGAGCGGAGAAACGUGCAACAUUUUAGAGUAUAUUGCUGAAUGUACUCUGGAAAUGAUAAGCAGGACUUCACUUGGCGGCAAAGCACUGGAACGAGAAGGAAGACAGGAUUUUAUCGAUAAUUUGGAAGUAGCGCUUACGACACUUGGCAAGCGACUUUUCAACGUGUUGUUGCACAAUGACUUUGUAUAUCGGUUUACCGAACUGUACCGAAACGAAAUGAAAGCAAUCAACAUUUGUCAUCGGUUCACCGAUAAGAUCAUUGCCGAAAAGCGCAUCGAACUUGGCUCCCCUGGGAUGGAUGAAAAUGGAAACGAGAUUGAUAAAACUUUUCAGCAUCAAGAACCCCAGGAGAACGAUUGUUAUCGGCGGCCGCAGAUUUUCAUCGACCAGUUGAUGAAGAUGCCACUGACCAGCACCGGCGCUUACAGUUUCACCGACCAGGAAAUCUCUGAUCACAUUUACACCAUGAUUGUGGCGGGAAAUGAAACUUCCGCCACGCAGUUGGCUCACACUUGCUUAUUGCUAUCCAUGCAUCCCGACAUUCAGGAAAGAGCGUAUCAGGAAGUGCGAGACUUUAUCAUCUCGGCGGACAUUUUUGCUGACGCGGAUGUUUUGAAAAAUUUAGUAUAUGUGGAAGCUGUGCUGAAAGAAGCGAUGAGACUGAUGCCAGUAGCUCCCAUCAUCGCGAGAGAAAACCUUCAGGAUGUAGUGCUAGACGGGUGUACGAUUCCUAAGGGUACUUUGCUUCUGAUGAAUUUUUAUUCACUGCACCGAAGAGAGGACAUUUGGGGCGACAACGCAGACCGAUUCAAUCCACAACGCUUUCUUGGGGAUGAAAUGAAACAGCGACAUGCCUACGCACAUCUUCCCUUCAGUGGAGGACCACGCGGUUGUAUAGGUUACAGAUAUGCAAAGAUGAGUUUGAAGAUAUUGUUGGCUCUCAUUUUGAAGAACUUUAAACUGUCCACAGACUUGGAAAGCAAGGACAUCCGGUAUCACUAUCAGAUAUCGUUAAAUUUAGAUGGUCCUCAUGCCAUUCGGUUGGAGAAAAGAUUAUAA